AUGUUUCCUUCAAAUCUAUCAUCAACAUCAACACUAACAGCAGCUACUGCUAAUACAGCUAAUGUAUAUAUUAAUAAUAAUAAUAGUAAUAUUAGUAUAAGUAAUAAUAAUAAUAAUAAUAAUAAUAGUAUUUUAAUACAAAAUCAUAAUAUCUUUCUUCAACAACAACAACAGCAACAACAACAAAUAUUACAACAACAACAACAAAAUUUUAUAGAUAAAUUAAAUUUUAAAACUGGAAGAAUUCCAAAAUUAAAUUUAAAUAAAAUUAGUAAUAAUAUUAUGGCUACUCCAAAUAGUAACCAAAAUACACCAACUAAUCAAAAUACACCAACUCCAAAUCAGUUUAAUAACAACAUAACACCAAAUGGCACAGUUACCCCACAAUUUGUAAAUAUAUUCCAACAACAACAAAACCAACAACAAUAUUCACCAAAUACCUCCAAUGUACCAAUUGCACCAUUAAAUUUAAGUGGCACUUUAUCUCCAUCAAAAAAAAUAUGUAAAAUAUAUAGAGAUUUUUGUUUAAAAUAUAGUUGUUUACAAACAGUACAUUUAAGAUUAAACUCAUCCCAAGAAUUGAUAUCAAUUUCAGAAGCUUUAAAACAAAGACAUUCAAUUACCCAUUUAAAUCUUUCACACAAUAAAUCAAUAAAAGAAUUAGAAAGCUGGAUUGCUUUAGGUCUAGCCUUAAAAGCUCCAAACCAAACACUUAACCAACUAAAUCUUUCACACAACUCUUUGGGAACUGAUGGUCUCUCUUUAAUUAUUUCAGAUAUAAUCAAAACAAAUCGUUCUAUAAAUUGGAUAAAUCUCUCCCAUAACAAUCUCGACCAAGAUGAAAACCAUUCAAUUUUAGAAACCCUUCAAUACAAUCAAACCAUCACAUAUCUUGACCUUUCAAACAACGAAUAUCAACUUUCUUUAGAUGUAUCCCCUCGUCUUUGCUCCUAUAUUGAACGUUCCCAAUCUCUUACCCAUUUAAAUUUUUCUCACAAUAGUAAUAGACAUCCUCUAUCUGGUCUCCCAAGAGCUUUAUCAAUCAACCAAUCCCUUAGACAAAUUGAUAUAUCAUGUAUGACUAUUUUACCAUCCGAAUCAAUCGAUUUAUUAAAGGUUUUAAUUGGCUCUAAGUUUUUAACCUCAAUUAAUUUACAACAAGUUCUUCUUUCAAAUGUAAACGAAUCUUUUGGUGUUUGUAUAGUAAAUGCCCUUGCCAAAAGAUACAACGACUAUGACUUGGAAGACGAAAGUUGUAUUAGUUUUAUCGAUAGUACCAAUAGUAGUAGUAACAAUUUAAAUCCAUCCCAAACCACAGUUAUUGUUUCCAAUGGUAUCCAUAGUACAAAUACAAGUGAUAAUAUGAUUACCUUUUCACCAUCAUGUUCAUUCUCCUCUUCUAAAUCAUCAGUCGAUGAUGACGAAUUCUAUAUUGCACCACACAAUCCAAUUUUAACUUUAAAUUUAGAAGGUAUCAAUUUCGGUAAAAAGGCUUUAAAACCAUUCUUAAACAUUCUCACUAGAAAUCAAGACUUAACCUUUUUAGACCUUAGUUCAAGUCAACUCUCUGAAAGCAACGGUGAACUCUUGGCCGAAUUUAUUAAAAAGAACAACACUAUUCAAACUUUAAAUAUUUCAAACAAUGACCUAUAUGAAAAAACAAUCGAUAUUGCAGAUGCAUUACAAUCAAAUAAAUCAAUUACAAGCUUGAGUCUUUCAAAUACCAAAUCAUCGAACCUUAUUGGCAAAGUAUUGGCAAAGAGUCUUUGUGUUAAUCAUUAUAUCAAAAAACUCAACAUUUCCCACACAAAGAUUUCUCAUAGUGGUAUUAUAGAAUUGGCUCAAGGUUUAAAAGAAAAUAAAAUUCAUUUGGAGAAUUUAAUCCUCGAUGAUACCGACCUUCAAGAUAAAGGUGCUAGUGAAAUUGGUGAUGCUCUUAAAACAAAUCAAUAUUUGCAAACUCUUCAUCUUAACUUUAACUCUAUCAAUUCGUCUGGUGCCAAAUCUAUUGGAAAAGCCUUAAAAUAUAAUUCAUCUUUAAAGGUUUUACAAUUAGGCUAUAAUGAAAUCGGUGCUAAAGGCUUAGAAUCAAUUUCAAAAUCACUAAAGGUCAAUAAAACUCUUAUUGAACUCUCUGUAAAAAAUAAUUUAAUCCCUGAAAAGGGUGGUCUUGCUUUAACAGAGGCCUUAAAAGUAAAUCAAAAAUUAGAAUCCAUCAACUUCCGUGGUAACUUUUUGGGCAUUAAAGGUAGCGCUGCUCUUACUAAACUUUUAACAUCAAACCAAACCCUCACCUUUAUGGAUUUAUCACACAACAAUCUUGAAAAAUCGAUAACCCAUAAGGUUCACCAACUAUUAAAAAAGAAUCAAAUUACAAAUACUAUCAACCUUACCUCCCAAACCAAUCAACAACUAAGAGAACAACAACAAAUCCAACAACAAUUUAUCCAACAACAAGGUUCAUCAUGUGACGACCUAUCAAACUCUCCAACCCAAACAAGUACCCCAAGAACAUCAUCAUUUAAUUCUGCAAGAAGCGAUGAUGGCGGUAUUAUAUCCUCAACUGACUAUUACUUUGUUGAACUCAAUAGCUCCGGAGGCACAAAUUCUGAGAAUACCCCAACUACUCCACCACCACUCCAUCAUCAAUACUCUUUCUACCACUACUCUCCACACACACAAAGAAGUGCCGGAUCAUCUAAUAACUCCCCAACUGCAAUUAAUUUCUCAUCACCAUUUGGUCAUACAUCAUAUUCACAGCCAUCAACACCAAGAAACUUUAACCCAAUAACACCAACCUCUAUGAAUACACCAACUGCCAUUAGAUUCCCAUCACAAUCUCAAUUACCAAUUACCCCACGUGGAUCACAAUACCAAAUACAGCAACAACAUCAACAACAUCAACAAUUUCUUUCAUUCCACCAAUCACAAAUCCAACAACAACAACAAUUAAAUCGUCAACUACAACAACUAGAAUUACAAAACCAAGAAGUUAUUCAACUUUUACCUGUAUCACAUAAUAACUCUUCUAAAUUAGUUUCCCAAAUUAAAUCAAAUCAUUAUCCAAUCCCAUCGAAUCAAUUUAAUUAAAUCCUUUCUUUUCUUUUUUUUAUAUCCAAUUAAACAACAACUAUUUAUUAUUUAUUUAUUACACUAUUUAUUUAUUUAUUAAUAUCUAUUUAUUUAUUUAUUAAAUUAAUUGUAAAUAAAAAAAAUCUAUUGUUUUUUAUCUUUUUUUUAAUUAAAAAAA